AUGGUCUUGACACAUCCAUCAAAUGCUGCAAAAAGACCUGCACAGGUGGUCUUAGAUACCAAGCAGAAAUGGCGCACUUCAGCCCAGGUCAAAGCAGACAAUGCUCACAUCCAGCAAGCUAACCAAGAGAAGGAAGAGAAAACCCAAAAGGGCAUUGAACGAGUCGCUGCUGCACAGGAAAAGCUCUCUCUUCAGCAGAGUAAUGCCUCAGCUCCAAAGACACCAUGUCCUCAUCCCAUUCCAUAUGGCGCAAAGGCAACCUCAGCAAGUCUUCCCUCUGAAGCUGGAUGUCAGGCUCAGACUAGUGCUGCAGUAGAAGUUGAUGAAGACAACAAUGAUAUUGGGACAAUGCAAGGAAAGAGGAAAUGUGCACAGAAGACAAUGCACCGUGAUGCUGUCAAUGCAGCAUGUGCUGUCCUUGCUUCCCAGCCAUCAAAUGCUAAUGGUAAAUCUGAUGCGAAGUCAAGUCUUGAUUUGAAGCAAGCGUACACAGGCGGAGUCAUGACAUGGGCCCAGAAAGUUUACAAAAUCAACCUCAAAAAAAACACUCACUCCAUGAAGACACCAAAGAACCUCGUGAUGUCUCAGUGCACCAGCAGCACAGCAUUUUCACAGCUCACUAGGGCAACAACAGCUGCAAGCAAUGCCACUCCUCCACCAGGGACUCCAACCAGCUUGGUCUUAGGUGACAACUUCUCAGAGGGAUGCUUUCCAGAUGAGGAGGAUCAUCCGGAGCGCAUGGCAGCAUAUGCACUUGAUGUCAUCGAGCUUAGGAGCAGUUCACUCACAUCACCACCGCCUCCACCUUCGCAAUGCAUCUUCUGCAAAGCACCUGUCAAAAUGGAGCACAUGGACAGUACUAUGGACCUUAGCAAAAUUUCUGAAGACAUCAUGUUCUUGGAUUAUGUAGAGGAUGAAGCCAAAGGCAAGGGUGAGGGUGAGGCCGAGGGAAAAGGUGACAAUGGUGGGGAUCAUUUUGUCAUUGAAGAAAGUUCCAAUUCCGCUCAAGCAAACAAACGGACAAUGAUGAUGACAAAUGUGGACAUUGUUGACAACAAUUCCAAUGACUCAGCUCCACCUACCAAGCGCGUCAAAACAGAACCUGGACAGAAGCCUGGAAAGGGCAUCACUGGAGAAGUUACAAGAGCAAAAUACAAGAAUAGCGACCUCCAGCUGCAUGGCAUUUUCAUUCCUACUGUUGCUCACACUACUGGAGGAGACAAUAUUGAUCCAUGGCUCAUUGAAGACAACAUUCUCAUUCCGAUCCUCGAGGAAGUUUGGGCAGUCAUUUAUAAUGAAAAGUCAUUGAUGGGUCACACCAUUGUCCCUGGAAGUGUGGUCUAUCAAGUUACAAAGCAACACCUAAGUGAAUGGUGUGAUGGAUUCAGCUCUGCGGCCAUCAUGAUGAUGUUCACAUCUUUCAUAGUGGCUGACCCACUUUAUGAUAAUGAGGAUAGCCGUGCUGAUUUUUCUGAUUUCUGGCUCAAUGACAAUAGGUGGCUUUUUGCGAAUGUCAAAUCAGACGACAAAAAGUAUUCAGCAAUUGUUGUAUCUUUACACCGUGUCUCUGUUCCGUCACUUCAGAGUGAGGAACAGUCCUGUCAAACUGCUCUUGCACUCUCUGGAGUGGUGGUCAAGCACGCUCUUCAUCUUCUGUCAACCAAACAGAUGAGUUUUGAGGUCAAGUCCACCAUCGCCAAGGGUAGUAAGAAGAAGAACCCAUGGAAGGGUAAGGCUCCAGCUACCAAUGGGGAGCAGUGGACUGCCGUGAUCAGCGAAAACAAAACUUUCUCAGAGCCACUGUGGGGAUACGACACAUCAAUGUUUUUGCAGGCCAUCAAUCGCAUCCCUGCAAGCAACAUGAAGGCCAUCAUCAAACAAUCAAAGAUGGAUGUUGAGGAGGACAUUGACGAAGAGUAUGCUGAUAUCUUUGCCUUUCGGUGA